CGGCCCCGACGCCGCUGCGCGGGAGGAUGCCCGCCAGCCCCCUGCCUGCCUGGAGCAGCGGACCCGUGUUCUUCAAGGACGUGGCCGUGGACUUCAGCCCGGAGGAGUGGGAGCUGCUGGCGCCGGCCCAGCGGGAGCUGCACCGCGACGUGAUGCUGGAGACCUACCGCAGCCUGGUCUCGCUGGGGCAUCAGUUCUACAAGCCGAGGCUGAUCAUGUGGCUGGAGCAAGGGCAGGAGCCUUUCCUCAGGGCCCCGGCGGCGCCUGCAGCCCCCCGGCCGAGUGGCUCGGGCACCAGCAGUGGCGGCACCAGCAGGGGCGGCGCCCGCGCAGACAAGAAAACCAAGCCUACUCCAAAGGCAUCGUUUCCAAAGUCAGGCACUUCUAAGUCCUCAUCUCUGGGGAAGGCGAGAAAAGCCACCCAACAAGGUGCCAAGACAAAAAAGACUUUGGCAAUUAAGGACAGGUCACCACAGGACAGGCACAAAUCGGAUCCAAGGCCGGCUACAGGCUCGGGCAAAAAAAAUCCACCUGGCACAAAGGGGCCUGAAUCUGUGACCUCGAGGGACACCUUGAGUCAACCAUCAACAAGUGUGACGCCACAGGGCACCCCUGGGGGGCAGAAGACCCCGACAAGAGAUACUCAUGCGAAAACAGCAGGCACAAGCUGCACAAAGCACCAUCGUCGGAUAGUCAGAGUCGGGAAACCUCACUUCAAAUGUAAAGAAUGUGGGAAAACCUUCAACCAGACCCUGCACCUCAUUGAGCAUGAGCGUAUCCAUACUGGAGAGAAGCCGCACAAAUGCGACAAGUGUGGGAAAUCCUUCCGGCACAGCUCCUACUUCUUCACGCACUACAGAAUCCACACGGGAGAGAGGCCCUACAAGUGCAAGGUCUGUGGGAAAGCCUUCAACAGCAGCUCCACCCUCAACAGCCACUACAGGACCCACACAGGGGAGAAGCCCUUCCGAUGCGAUGAGUGUGGGAAAACCUUCAAGCAGAGCACAAAACUCACUCGUCACCGGCGCGUGCACACCGGGGAGAAGCCCUACCGCUGUGAAGAGUGUGACAAAUGCUUCAGCCGCAGCUCCUCCUUGACAGAACACAAGAGAAUCCACACAGGGGAGAAGCCGUACCACUGUAAAGUGUGUGGGAAAGCCUUCCGCUGUAAUUCCCAUCUGUUUGAGCACCAUCGGAUUCAUCAAGAGGAGAAGGCCAACCAGUGUAAAGAGUGUGGGAAAACCUUCCGCAGCGGCACCCACCUGGUCGAACACAAGAAGAUUCACCACCCGUUGACCCGGAAGGAGUGCCAGCACUGUGGGAAAGCCUUCACCAGGAGGGCGGCCCUAAUCACACACCAGAAAACCCAUGGUAAGUGCCACAACUCCCGGUGUGAGGGAUGCAGGAAGUCUCGGGGCCAGCCAAGCAUCCAGCGACACCAGCGACUGAAUGCCAAAGACAAGCCGUGCGUGUGCCCCGACUGCGGGAGAUCUUUCAUUGACAACUUAACACUCAUCAACCACCGCCAAGCCCACACCGUGGAGAGAAAUUAUCCGUGCACCAAAUGUGAGAGGAGCUUUGGGCAGCUCUCCUCCCUGGCGCUGCACCAGAAGAUGCAUUCCAGGAAGGGGGACUAAACUCGGGGCAGGAGAGCCUCGGCUGGCGCGAGGGACGUCAUGGUCCCCAGAGAAGUCAAAUUGAGGGUACUGACACGAGGAAUAGUCCCUUAUGUGUCAUGACAGGAUUUCUAGAGUAGACCCAGAGUUCUCGUUUGGGGGCGAUGGGACGCUGUUCCUUGCUUGGAUAUUUGGGGGUGUUCUUGAUUGUCCAUCUUGGUUCUGCUACUGCCUUUACUGGGUAGCUACCCAAGGCACCUCUCAGUAUCUCAGACCACACGGUGCCCCCUCCCCUGAACGUUCCAGCUCCAGAUGCCAACAGUGGCGUUACAAGUAACUGAACUUGAAAAGGAACUCAGCGUCUUGUUGCUGUCCAUACAGUCCUGGGAACUGCAUGUGGCUCUUCACGUGUAAAUUCAUCAACAUAAAUACAAGUUUCUCUGCCACACCAGCCAUGUUCGUGGCCAGGGGUGCUGGGGGACAGCACCAGGACCUGGCAUUUCCUCUCCCUGGAAGAUUCCAUCCGUCUCAGCAUCCCUUGGCCUCUCUCACACUAUCAGACUUCUCAAGCAGUUCCGAGAAGGGUGACUGUGGGAGCUGCGGAGCAGGGGAGGCCCAACGCAGCAUGGCAGAGGGGAUCUUUUCAUAAAUGGUGAUUAGAGACUCUUGGCAUCUGUGGAUGGUUCUGGGAAGGGGAUUUGAUCUUUUGGGAUUGGCCAAUACCCUGCCCGAAGGACACCCCCUUCUUCUUGGAGCUGGAGAACCGACCCGUUGCUGAUAAUGUGGUUGGCCGAUGCCAACAUCACCCCUGGCACUUUCACCUGGAGAGGAGUCCCGUGAAAAGCAACUAACCUGAGCCCCACCGACAGGUGGGAGGCCCGGGUGCGCUGACCCUCCUGCUGCUUGCCAGUGGUUACUAUUUCAACGUUUGCAUGAAAAUCAAGCCUCUUUUGCUAUUUUUAUAUCACACUCUUUCAAAUUCUUAUGAUCCAGAUUUCCACAAAACGUCUUUUCGAACAAGCGGGGAGCUGUUUGUAUUUCUCUUGCAUGUCUCUGCCCUUUGGGCAGACAGAGCUUUCCUGAGGCAGGAGCUGGCCCAGAGGACGCUGUCCAUUGUGACUGGACAAACUCUGGCCCAGCUUACUGCCUUUUUUUUUUGCAAAUAAGGUUUGACCGGCACACCCACACCCACUUUUCAUGGAUUGCCGAUGCUGCUUUUGUGUUUGCGGCGGCAAACCCGAGUAGCUGGGUCCGAGCCCCGAUGGCCCGUAAAACCGUAUUUGCUGAUAUGCUCGACACAAAACGUUGACUGAGCCCGGCUCUGGGCUUACAAGCAACCGAGUAGGUUGGGAGGGUGGGGGUGGUUCGAAGAAGAAGAGAGGCGUCCUGGAGCUUCUGCUCUGCACCGAGACCCCCGCUGUCCGGCCAGCACCCCAGCACGCAUUGUCGUGUGUGUGGGGUCCGAGUGCUCAAAGGACACCUUGGACAAAACACUUCUUACCCUGAUUUCGUGCCCACACCAUUCCCUUUCACCUAAAAAGCACCGCUGCGGCCUUCUGAGGUGACCUCACGGAAGCGUCGUGGGGCACAAAAGGCAGCCUGGACAGCCCCGCCCGGCCGUGGGCGACUGGACCCCCGGCCUCCUUCGUCUUCUUCUGCGCUGACAUCUUCCUUUCCAGUGAUUUUCACGAUCCUGGCCAAUUUCUGGUGGUUUUUUUUCUGUGGAUUUCUGCUGGGGCGCCUGGUCGUGUCCCCAUGGGGCCCCCUGUCAGCAGCGGCAGGAGCUGGCUGUGGCCGUGUUGGGGCCACGGGCACGACCACGUGGGACACGGUGGGACUGGGUGGAGUGACUGAGCCCUGGUCAUUUCUGUCAAAGGGGAGGCAGGGCCAGAGGGACGUGUGUACACGCAUGCACGUGCGCCAUGCGCUCAUCCAGCGCGCGAGCCUGUUGUGAAGCAACCAGAGGGCGGUGGUGACCUGGCAGAGUCGACACUGGGGGCACGGUGGAGGCAGGAGGCUUGGCCUGGAUGGAGAUGCGCUUUUCAUCGUGCGACGUCCACGCCGUUAGAAGUGGCGGGCACUGCAGAGGCCGUGGCCCUGACACCCACAUCCCCACCAGGGUCUGGACUUCACAGAGACGCAGCUGGCCCUGGAACAGCAGACCACGUGUCCACCCGGGAGCCGGAGUCCGGGUGAUCAGGUCUGGGCACGAGGAGCCCCGACGGGCAGCGGCGCCCGCCCUCCUCCAGCCUCCCUCUGCGCUGGCCGGCUCGCCGGAGCCCGCCCUGUCCUGGGCCCUGCCGUGUGACCGGCGGGGCCCUGGGCUGGGGAAUCCUGGGUCCCGGAUGAGCUGGUGGCACCGAGCCCCGAGCUCGCCCGGGUCCGCGGCGGCUCCAAGGGCUGGGAGCUGCGGGCUGACGGCAGCAUUUUCUGUAGAGUAUAAGAAUCACAGUAUUCGGACAACAGCGUAGCGUCCAUUUUACAUAGCCUUGUGCUUCGCCCUUGUAUCUUAAGUCCCAGCAUGUACUCGCUCUAGACCCGCUCUGCGUUCCGCCCGGCCGAAGCCUCGGGCCGCGUCUGAGUGGACGGCCAGCCCUUGGCGGCCGUGCCCGGAAUAAAGCAGACCCGAGGGUCGCCUUCA